CAGGUAGCGUGGAUUAAGGCAGACACUAAGGCCAUCCUCGCUAUCCACAACCGCGUCAUCACCCACAACAACCGCAUGAACGUAAUCCACUCCGACCACAACACCUGGCAGCUCAAGAUCAGGGACGUGCGGCGCAACGACUCCGGCCAGUACAUGUGCCAGAUCAACACCGACCCCAUGAAGAUGCAGGUGGGUCAUCUGAACGUGGUCAUUCCACCGGACAUCACGGCAGAGGACACUUCAGGCGACGUGAUGGUUCCUGAGGGCAGCUCUGUGCGGCUGACGUGCCGUGCCAAAGGCUACCCAGAGCCCCGCGUUGUUUGGCGUCGGGAAGACGCCCGCCCCAUCGUCUUCCGCUCUCCCGGUCAAGCCAAGAAUUCAGUGGAGACGUUCGACGGGCCGGAACUGGUGCUGGACAAGGUGGCGAGGGACGACAUGGGCGCCUACCUCUGCAUCGCCUCCAACGACAUCCCGCCGGCCGUCAGCAAGCGCAUGGUGGUGCAGGUUCACUUCUUUCCUCUGAUCAGGAUCCCGAACCAGCUGGUGGGCGCCCCGCCCGGCACCAACGUCACGCUCGAGUGUGAGGUGGAGGCCAGCCCCAAGUCCAUCAACUACCCGCAGAUCAUCUCCAGCCGCAAGUACGUCAACGAGGAGGUCACCAUCAACGAGUACACGCUGAAGAUGAAGCUCACCAUCAUCAACCUUCAACCCGACGACUUCACCAGCUACGCGUGCACGGCCAAGAACUCCCUGGGCGAGGUCAAUGGAAGCAUCAACCUGUACGAAAUCGUCCUGCCCAAGCCCGUGACAACGGCGCAGGAGAAUCUGAUGGAGAACGUAAGCGCAGACGCCAACAUGCCGCCCUUGCACGACGACCUCCGCGGGCCGCCCUUCUCUGAGGACCGUCACCAAGGCGAGGGCGCCGCCCCUCACCAGGGCAGCCCCAACCCCACGAAGCCGCUGCCGCCCUCACGCCCACACAACACUCACGCUGUCCCCUACCACCCAACAGACCCUGCGGUAGCCGGCCGCGGGGCUCACUCCCUGCCCUUGCUCCUCCUGCUGGCCGUAGCCGCAAUCCUCGCAUGCGUGUGGGCGACGCCCUAGACUGACGGCGCCCCUCGUCUUAAGGCUCUCGUCUACCCUAGAAGUGUAUGUGUCCCCCCCCCGUGAAUACCCCCCCCUUCCUCCCCGACGUCGUGUGUGCGAGACACGGUCGACAGGGAUA